UCGCCUAUAAAGCCUAACUCACUCAGUAAACUGCUUCAGAAUACAACGAACUGCACGCCGCGAACCGUCGCACAUACAAAGGCCUGUUCAGUUAUAAUACAGUAACACAUAUUGUCAGAUAUUACAACGAAAAACAUCAAGUGUUAAGGCUGAAGGUUAGCCGAAUAUUGUAUUUUUGGUAGCAAAUACGCUAAAAACAAUCGUGACAGAAUGCAUUCCAAUACAGUUUACAUUCUCACCGUACUACUACAGAUUUUAGUACACGUUCCGUACUAUUGUCAGGGGGUUCCUGUUGUGAAAGACAUUAUUGAGCAGACAUCCACGACUCCUGAUACAACUGUUACCAAAGUUUUAUCAGAUGUCGACAACUUGGAAAUCGACUCAAAUGCUUUUGUUUCAAAAGUGAAAGAAUCUCAAGAUUUGCUAGAUAAGUAUGAAGCAAUUGAGGAAUAUCUACAAAAAAUUGAAAGUGGCAAGGACGGAGAAUUCAUGCAUGAGGAUCUUGGUUGGUUACAAGACAUUGUAAAGGAAUUCCAACCAGCAGAAGAUAAAACUAACGAACGCGUCAGACGUGCUAGCUUAGAUCUUGUUGAUUUAGAAGGAACUGACGUGAAUGUACUCCCUUCUCCUGGAGAUAAAAGAGCCGGUCGGAGGAGACAGGGUAAAAUGAAUGGUGGAAGAAGAAAUGGUGGCAGGCGGAAACAAGUAGUACCCACUCGCACGGUUGGAAACAGAAGGAACAAUUUUGAAACCCCCUUGAACCGGUCCAUGAUGCUCAAGUACCCUUACAACAAUGUUGUGCGUGUGUUGUCCAGUCAAAGAUCCGGCUGUACUGGAAUUCUUCUCGACAACAUGCACGUACUCACGGCAGCUCACUGCGUUCACAAUCAAACACACUUUCUACCAAAUUGUAAUGUAAUGAGAGUGCUUCUUCCGUACCUCCAUGGCUUCAAAAUCAUGCAGAUAUCAACAAUCCGAGUGCCAUAUUUAUGGUUACGUCACAGUUCUCCAGUAGAGAGGAAGCGUCACAGAAGUUAUGAUUACGCAAUUAUCAAAUUGGAAAAGACGACGAGAAAAAGACAGUUCAUGCCGUUUGGACUCGAAAACCACAAAAGAGCAUCAAUAGCUGAUACAUUAUCCUACACAUGGUAUCCCUUGAGUAGUGGUCGGUUUAAUCAGAAACUAAAAACUUGUCGAGUUCAAUUAUCUGAUUUUAAGAGGAACGGCGACGAACUUAAUGUUGAUUGUGACUCUGAGGUUGGCAGCUCUGGGUCAGCCGUUAUUUUAAACACUCGACGUUAUGGAACACGAAUAAUUGGAGUGGUUUCGAAUAAAAUUAUCAACACUGGGAUGGACGAAAUAAGCGUCAUCACAACUCCCAAGCUUAUUAACAUAUGCUCUAUGAUAGCUGCAGAUUAUAGAGUAUCUGACUACAACAAAUUACCAGACAGUUGUCCAAAAGAUAGUUACGAUAGUUCGAACUAUGUUUCAUACCAAAACCCAAGAGCAACGUGAAGGAGCAUUAGUGUUGACGUGAUUGAAGAAUGCUUGUUGAUUUGAACCGAUAUAAAUUCUAGCGCGUACCAAAGAUCAGACGAGCAACUAAGCGACUAAUGGAAUAUGGGGCAUCGCUUUAACCAAAGUGAAUGGCGUUAGGCUGUGAACAGAUGACAAUCCGAAGUAGAAAGGGAUUCGGUGGGAAUGAACGAGUCAGUGGUGCUAAUGAAAAUCGGGCGGUGAAAGACCAUUGGCGUGCAACGUUUUAACAAGAAAUGAUCAGAUUUUAAUUAAUUUGACCAUAUGAGAUAAUUUUGUGCUAAAGUCAAGUUCAUUACCUGAUAGAAAGGCUUUAAAAACAAACUUUAUAGAUGGACUCUAUAAUAUUGUUUUGGUAUAGCAUAUCGGUGAUGUUCAUAAUGGUUAAUUCUAUUUUAGGAUACAUACGAUAGAUUAAUUUGAAGAAAGUACAUUAGCAUCUAAAUGAAAGGACGUUUGCAGAAUAUUUUGGAAAAAAUAGAUAAGUGUUUAAAAUAUAUUAGAAUCAUUGCGAUAUCAAUACCUCUAGCUCUACCAUAAACAUCAUUUCGAUGUAAGCCCUAAAAAAACUAUUGCUAAAUUAAAGUAUUUUCAUCGCAAUUUUUAAGAGAUACCCAAAAUGCACGCUGCUGUCAAAGGUUCACUUAUGUAAUGUUAACGCAAUUAAUGACGCUAAAGUAUAUUGUAAAAGCGUUUUCAGACAGUAUAAUACGAUGGUUGAUAUGCUGUUUUAGCAGAACAACUCAUUUUACGUAUUGUACUUAUUUAUUGUUAAACACACUGCGAACGCGUAACGUAAAAGUGUUACCCAUGUUUUCCGUCCGCGUUAAGUGCAACUUUGUUUCGAUGGGCGUACAUUCAAUUAAUUUUAAAUUCGAAUUUUAGAUGUUUGUUUAAAAAAAAACAACUUUGAGGCACGCCUACAGCACUUAGACAAAAUAGGCCCAUGUGUUACCUGGUUAAAAUGAUCAAAAUAGACUAAAUAUCACCUUGGUUGUCUCUCCUUUAUUCAAAUAACAUAAAAGUGCCGAUGAAUCAUAAGUUAUCUGAUCUGGCAUUUAUUAUCUGAAAUACCGGUAAUAACAGACCUAAACAAGUAAAAUUUUAGAAUAUUAUUUGAAAGAUAAAUGUUUAUCGUAACAGAGAAGGAAGUACUAAAACGGCAAUUCUUCCCAAUAGAAAUAUUGAUAGUGUAGCUUAAAAAACAUAACUGAAAUGUAAGGGGCCAGCAGACGGUACCGUCUGGCAUGUUAAGUUAGGCCGAAAUUUAAGCUACAAAAAUCUUGAUUCAGAGACUUUUGUACAAAUCAAGGGCCAUUGGAGUUAACACACAGGUCAAAACGACAUUCGUUUCAUUAACAAUUGUAUAAUCGAACUAUUCUCCUGGUUGUACGCCCAUCGGAAUGUCAAACAAUUGUUUGAUAGUUGAAUGCAAAGCCGUUGAACCGAAAAAAUGCCGAAAAUGCGGCUUAUUAUUGACUAAUUUUAAAGAUAGUUUAUUCUGAUAUCUUUCUGCAGUAUUUUGAGUUAAAAAGUAUGAAGAAAAUUAUCAUUAUAUGUAAAUAUAUAUAUAUUUGUGAAAAAAUGUGAAAUAGAAAUUAUUUAUGACUGCGAGAAAAUAAAUGGCGUUUCUACAUAAAUGUA